CAUUGCUAUUAGUGCACAUUGGCCGGGUUGCAGCCGCCGCAGCUGCAGCUCGUUCCUCCUGUUGGAUUCUCUGCGCCUGACUUCCGAAGAGGUUGCCGGCACAGGAAAGGAAAGGGGCGAGGGAGGAAGCUCGUUUCAUUUUUUUACACAGUAGCCCUCACAGACCUCUUAAGAGCUUUACGGUGCGCUGCUGUUAGCGGUCUGUUAUCGCCUGGGAGAUCUGCACGGCUACGGCCGGCGGUUAGAUUGUGCAUGCGCCUGCACGGGCGCGCGCUUGCAUUUGGGAGAGCUGGGCUUUGGCUAGCUUAGGCUCCUCCGCGCCUUGGAUAGGAGAUUAGGGAGGAAGAGAGACGUUCUCUUUGGGCUGGUUCUAGUGCGCUGUGGUCAACUGGGAUUCUGGCGGGGUUUUGGAAAGAAGUCUAGCGGUUGGCGGGGGCGCUGCUCGCGCCUCCUUCUCAGCCGCUCCAAGCAGGGAAUGGAAUGACAGAGGGGGACGUUGCCGGCAGCAUCUUCUUUGCACUGUGCACGCGCCCGAGGCUGCAUGGAAGCAGCCCUGGAGGCGUAGCGGUCCCUCAGCGGCUGAGUGACGGGUGUCCCCGCGGAGCCUGUGCCCUGCGUGUUCCGUUCCUGUGGUGGCCUUUAGCCGCGAGAUGCUGAAGGCGGGUUCUGGGCUAGCAGAGGGCGCGGGGGACGCGUGUUGGUGCUUGCGCGUGCGUGACUCUUAAGAGGGCGACCUGCUACCCCCUGAUGGACACGCACGGAGUCCCGGGCACAGCUUGGCGCUGCUCGUAAACGCCGAGCAGCUGAGGGACCGCAGUCUCCCGCCCUCGUCUGGUGAUGCUGGGCUAGGGAUCCGCUUCAGGGCGUCUCGCCGGGCAGGGUGCUUGAGGAAGAGAGUCGGUUAAGGGCGUUGUGUGUGUGGAGGGAUUAUUGUUCUUGUUUGGAAGGGGGCGGCUGCUGCGGAGUAGGAGACAAAGCUCUUAAAUGGCCAGCCCCCGGAGAUGCAUUGAGUUGGAGCAUUUCGAAGAGAGGGACAAAAGGCAGCACCGCUCGAGCUCCCGCCGGGGAGGGGGCAGCUCCACUUGCAGCAGCAGCUCGGGGCCCAAAGGGAACGGGCUCAUCCCAAGCCCCGCGCACAGCGCCCACUGCAGCUUCUACCGCACGCGUACCCUGCAGGCCCUCAGCUCGGAGAAGAAGGCGAAAAAGGCGCGCUUCUACCGCAACGGGGACAAGUACUUCAAGGGCUUGGUGUAUCCCAUCUCCAGCGACCGCUUCCGCUCCUUCGAUGCCCUCCUCAUCGAGCUCACCAGGUCCCUGUCGGACAACGUCAACUUGCCCCAGGGCGUCCGCACCAUUUACACCAUUGACGGCAGCCGGAAGCUCUCGAGCCUCGAAGAGCUGGUGGAUGGUGAAAGCUAUGUAUGUGCAUCCAGUGAACCAUUUCGGAAAGUUGAUUACACUAAGAAUGUUAAUCCAAACUGGUCUGUCAACAUCAAAUCUGGAUCAUCUCGAUCCCUCACAUCUUUGACAUCUUCAAGAAGUGAAUUGAAGGAAAGCAAAGACUUCAUUAAACCCAAACUUGUAACUGUUAUACGAAGUGGAGUAAAGCCACGGAAAGCUGUCAGAAUUUUGCUGAAUAAAAAGACUGCUCACUCCUUUGACCAAGUGUUGACUGAUAUAACAGAAGCUAUUAAGUUAGAUUCAGGAGUAGUCAAGAGAAUUUGCACACUGGAUGGAAAGCAGGUUACCUGUUUGCAAGACUUCUUUGGUGAUGAUGAUGUUUUCAUUGCCUGCGGACCUGAGAAAUACCGUUAUGCUCAAGAUGAUUUUGUAUUGGAUCACAGUGAAUGCCGUGUUAUGAAAUCAUCUUAUUCUCGUUCAUCUGGGACACCAAGGUAUUCUGGAUCUAAAAGCCCUGGACCUUCACGUCGAAGCAAGUCACCUGCUUCAGUAAAGAGGGGAAGCCACUACUCCAGUGCUUACUCUUCAGCAAAAUCCCCAGUCAAUGGAACCCCAAGCAGCCAGCUUUCUACUCCUAAAUCUACAAAAUCUUCUAGCUCUUCACCAACAAGUCCAGGAAGCUUUCGGGGACUCAAGAUUCCACCACACUGUGGAUCCUCUUCCAAUGUUAAUGGUGUGCCUGAAGUAUCUCCUUGCCUCAGUCCUGAAGGUGUGAAUGGAAACAAAUGCUCAGGGACAUUUACAAUUCUUGAGAAAUACAAAGUGGGAAAGGUGAUUGGUGAUGGAAAUUUUGCUGUGGUAAAGGAAUGCAUAGAACGGUCCACUGGAAAGGAGUUUGCGUUGAAGAUUAUAGACAAAGGGAAAUGCUGUGGAAAGGAACACUUGAUUGAGAAUGAAGUCUCAAUACUGCGCCAAGUGAAACAUCCUAAUAUUAUUAUGCUAAUAGAGGAGAUGGAUACUGUAACUGAACUUUAUUUGGUGAUGGAGUUGGUCAAGGGAGGAGAUCUUUUUGAUGCUAUCACUUCAUCAACAAAAUACACAGAGCGUGAUGGGAGUGCAAUGGUCUACAAUCUAGCCAGUGCACUGAAAUAUCUGCAUGGUCUCAACAUCGUUCACAGAGAUAUCAAGCCAGAAAAUCUCCUGGUCUGUGAGUACUCAGAUGGGACAAAGUCCUUGAAGCUAGGAGACUUUGGACUAGCUACUGUGGUUAAAGGACCUCUCUAUACAGUCUGUGGCACACCAACUUAUGUGGCUCCAGAAAUCAUUGCAGAAACAGGGUAUGGCUUGAAGGUGGACAUUUGGGCUGCAGGUGUCAUUACAUACAUACUGUUAUGUGGGUUUCCACCAUUUCGUAGUGAGAACAAUGUCCAAGAAGAUCUCUUUGAUCAGAUCCUAGUUGGAAAGCUAGAGUUUCCUUCUCCAUAUUGGGAUAACAUAACCGACUCUGCUAAGGAAUUAAUCAGUCUGAUGUUGCAAGUAAAUGUGGAAGCACGGUAUACAGCUGCUCAGAUUCUAAACCACCCCUGGGUGUCAGAUGAUGCCUCCCAGGAAAAUAAUAUGCAAGCUGAAGUAACAGGUAAAUUAAAGCAGCACUUUAACAACACAUUACCCAAGCAGAAUAACCCAACUGCAGGGGUUUCUGUCAUCAUGAACACAGCUCUAGAUAAAGAGAGGCAGAUCUUCUGCAACAAACGCGGCCAGGACCCCGGUCAAGCUGCUGUGGGGCAAACCAUAAAAAAUGCUGCAGCUCAUGAAUCUCCUAUGGUUGGGCUCAAGACGUUCUUUCCUACUGCUUCUGAGCCACUUUAAACUCUCCACACAUCCCAUCUCAGCAUGUCAUGAUGAUACUGCAGGAUUCAUUUAAGAGAAGUUCCACUGAAGUCCACUACUAGGUCAGGAAUCUCUCCUCUGCUUCUGUUCUCUUACACUAUCACAACUGUAGUUCACCUCUGACUGAAGGAAUGCUGGUAGAACAUACAGUAGUUUUUAGUACUCUGCUGGCUGUUACAUUUGGAAAUUCUUACCUUUUUAAAAAAACACACAAAAGUGUCAAAUAUCAUUUCAAGUGCUGGAACCUGAACAAAUUAAUCUACUUCAGUGGUAAUCAUAUCUUGAGAUACAAACAUUAAACAGGAAGAACAGGUAAGACACCUCAUCCAGCAAACUCUGGAUUUUAUGAAAAGUGCCCAGAGAAAGAAGAACGGGAAGCUCUAAUUAUCCCUUCAUGCAACUUUAGAGUUAGUUCUGUUUGUGAGUUGCUCUAGAGAGGCAAGUUCAUCUGAAGACUGGUCCUGGUGGACAAAACUGUACUAUAUUGAAAGGCAAGUGUGUGUGUGUGUGUGUGUGUGUGUGUGAGAGAGAGAGAGAGAGAGAGAGAGAGAGAGAACACACACACGAAAAUGAAUGAGAUGAAUAUGUGAAAGGGGGGAGUUCUUAGUAAAUGUUCUGACUUGAAAUUGAAAUUUGGAUACAAUGAACCUAAACCACAUGGAAUUUGAAUACAAAAGUAACACAAUCAUGGGGCAAUUUUGUAUGAAGACUGCAGUCAAUGAACCCAUUUCAACCAUUGCUUGUUCUUCACAAACGUUCUCUCGCCUCCCAUUCUCUGUCAGUAUUGAUUGCAACCAACGACAAAAAUUGUCUGGAAUAGGAAGCUCGCUGCAUGUUGUAUAAUCUACAGUGGAGCAGUAUAUUUAAGGCAAGCAAGUGAACUACUGGUCACCAACACAGAAUGCUUCUGCCAUUUUGUUUGUUCAGUAGCCUGUUCUUUGUAACCUCAAAGCUAAAACUUUAUUUGGGAAGCAGUGAUACUAAGUGUGCAGUUAAGGAUAGAUGGAGUGGAGUUGUGUCUUUUAUCUUCUUUCAGUAUUGUAUGUAAUCUGCUAACAUUUCCUUUUGCUCCUUUUUAACAAUUUUAAAACAUUUUCUAUUAGCCUUUACUUUACAUUAGUACUAUAAGACCUGCAAUAAACAUACUUCUUGAAAAGAGGAA